AUGGCUGUGAUCCGGAGUCUACUUGCGGUUGUACUGGCAUACACGGCGUGGCGCGGACUGCAGCGUGCCGGAUGGACGUGGGGCGUGUCGUCCUUUCACCCGCGAACGGUGGGCUCCUGCGACGGAUGUCCGGGUGGAAGCGGAGCCGGGAGCGAGAAGCGGGCAGGCGAGGCGUGCGGCGGCAUGCUAUGCGCGGUGGUGAACAUGCUGACAUGGCGCAUGAGCUCGUGUCCUUCUCGGUUGGCCCUCUCGCCGAGCACCAUGGCCUCGGUGGUGGCCGGCGAGAUGCUGAUGCUGCUGGCGGCGGCGGCGACGGCCGGGUGGGCGGCGGUGCGGGGAAGCCAGGAGGCGCUGAUGGGCAAGGUCGAGCGGUGGUCCUGGGGCCUGGCUGGCCUGGCCAUGGCCUGGCUGUUGGUCCAGGACGUGGCCAUGUACAACAACCAUGAGUACCUGUACGCACUCCUCGCCGUUGUCUUUGCCCUUGGCGGCGACAGCGAGAUGGCGGCCGAGGCCGAGGCUCUCGCCAUCGCUGCCCUCUGCGCCACUGUUUACGGCUGGGCCGGCCUGAUCAAGGCCACCACGCCUGAGUGGCGGGAGGAGGUCCUGGCCGCCCAGCUGAUCAUGAGCCCGGACGUACUGGUGCCGCUGCGGACGGUGCUGGUGCCGUCGGUGGCUGUGACGGCCGGCGUCGCCUGGGGAGGCCUCCUACUGGAUCUGGUGUGGGCGCCGGGCCUCGCGGUGCUGUUUAUGGCCUCGCGAUGGAGCGAGCCUGCCGCAAAGGUGCUGAGUUGCGGGCGAUGGGCGGGCUGGACGGUGGCGUCGCUGCCGAUCGUCGGCUUCCACGUGGUGAACAAGCUGACGCUGCCGAUCGGCGAGUUUCCGCUGACGAUGGUCAUCCUGCACGCGGUGCAGCUUGCGCCACGACCGCCACGACCGCUGCAGCUGGGCGAGCGCCUGCGCGGACGGGCAGCUGUGCUGGUGGCGCUGUUGGUGGUCGUCAACGUGGUGGCGGGCAUACAGCAGUCUCGGGCGGACUUUUGGCGGCGGGAGGAGACUCGGUUCGGGUGGAUGAUGAUGAUGCGCGCGACGUCGCGGCCGUACUUGGAGCUGGGAUGGGAGGACGUUGAGACGGGCCAGCGAUGGCGACACGACCCGGUUGCGAGGGAGUGGACGACGUUGCGACAAGCUCGCAAAAUGGCGUUUGACCCGGCGAUACUGCGAGCGUAUGCGGUUUACGCUGAGGCCGAGAUGGCGGCGCGAAGCGGGCGGCGCGUGCGGCUGGUGGUCCUCGAGUCGUGGGCGGGCGUCAACGGCUCCCCGCUGCAGCGCUUCUACUCACACAGGGGCCGACCAGUGCUCAAAGUGCCGAGAGACGACUUUGUGUCGCAAGCGAUUAGUGCGUACGACAACAGUGAGAGCCGGGGCAUGAUGCUGGGAGCGUUGCGCGCGGCUAUGCUGCGCCAAGCCGGCAAGCCGGUCUUUGUGGCGCUGGAGGCCGGCGACGGGCCGCGAGUGGUGAGGUUUUCAGUUGACUGGGCCGGCGAGGACUGGUCGAGUGGGGCGGAUGUGCUGCAGGCCUGCGGUCGGGAUGGCGUGGCCUGGAUAGGCGGCGCGCGGGUGGGCAGCGGCGAGUGUGUUGCGCUGGCAAUGGAGUUGCCGCUGGAGUUGUGGGCGGAGAGCAAGUCGGCGUUGCACGACUGGGUUUGA